AUGUCUGUUCAUUAUACAUUUAAAUGGCCCAAAGGUCCAGAAGAGGUAAUUGUAACUGGUACUUUUGACAAGUGGUCAAAAACGUUACCACUUGUUAAACAAGCAGACGGUUCUUUUGCAUUGCAAGUUCCAUUACCACCACAAAAGGAAACUAUCUUGUAUAAAUAUGUUGUUGACGGUGCCUGGCAAAUCAAUCCCGAGGAAAAAAUAGCAAAGGAUUCGCAAGACAUUGAAAAUAACGUUUUGGAAGAAGAAGAUUUAGUUCAAUUAUUGACUAUUCCAGGUUCAUUGAUACCAGAGUCGGGAUUACAAUACACUCUGGCAAAAGCCGGAAAUAAUGGUUCACAGAAGGGUGAAGAAAAAGGAGAAAAAUCACAAGAUCUCAAAACAACAGUUUUACCAAAAGAAGAGCCCCAUCAUGCAACAAUUGCUGGUGAGCCAGGUAUCCAAAUUCCCCAGGACAAAGAAGCAUUAUCAGCAUUUGAAACUUUUGAAACUACUGAUGCCAAAGCAUUGAAUGAGAAUGUUACAGAAAUUGGUACAGCCAAUAGCUCAGCACCAGCACCAGCAUCAGCACCAGCAUCAGCAGCAACAGCAGCAGCAACAACUCAACCUUCUUCAGCAACAACAUCAGGUUUGGAUGACGCAAACACUACUCCAACCACGGGUGUUUUGGCUGAAAAUUCCGAAUUGAGUCCAGAGGAGAGGGAAAAACAAAAGAAAAAAGUAAAGAGAACCAAGUACAAGGCUAAAAAGAAGGCAAAGGCGGCAGAAGCAAAUGGAUUAGCUACAUCAAAUACAGCUGAUGAAGAAGACGAAAGCGAAGAAUAUUCUCCUGAACCCGUGCCAGUAGUAGCAGCAGCAGCCGAGGGUUCCAAAGUCACAGAAGAGGAGUUGAAAAAGGAGUCUGAUGCAAACACUGAAAUCAACGAAGACGUUCGUGAACAAUUUGAACGUCCAAGUGAAGAAGUGGAAACUCCAACCGAUAAAGAAAAAGAAGAGAAAAGUGACUUUACCGCGGCUAAUGUUUUGAAAGCAACGGCUAUUGGUGGAGCUGGAGCUGGAGCUGGAGUUGCAGGAGCCGAAUUAGGUCAAACUAUCGAGUCUAAGGAUGCUGAAGUUCCUUUGUCUGAACCUGCAGCUAAUGUUGCAGUUCCUUUGUCUGAACCUGCAGCAGAUGUUGCAGUCUCCAAAGAGAUUCCUCAACCUGCAGCAGAUGUUGCAGUCUCGAAAGAAAUUCCUCAACCUGCAGUGGAAGAAUCAGUGGUGGCUGUACCAGCUACUACAGAAGGCAACCACGUCAAGACAUUAGACCCCAAAGCAGGAUCAUCAGCAACAUCUCCAGAUUCAACAACCCUUGCCUCAAAACCUUUAGCUGAACCAGUUGCUGGCACCUCGAACAAUGCUGAGUCAAAUGAAGGCAAGGAGGUCAACGCAUUUCCUGUUGCUAAGGUUACUGAGCCAGAGCUCGUGCAAGAGGAAGAGAUUAUAAUAGCCAAGGGUGAUAAAAAGGAUAUAAGCGCUGCAGUUGAAGCUACUGAAGGGGGUCCUGUUAUUCUUGAAGAAAUCAAGCCUACUAAAUCAGAACAAGACGAAUUGACUAAGGAAGUUCGUCUUGCGUCUCAAGUUGAAGGACCUGUCACAAUCGAACAAGUUAAUGUUCCAAAAGAGGAAAUUGCAAACUUGCAAAACUCGGCUGCAGAGCCAACCAGAGCUAAAGAAGCUACAACCGCAGCAGCAGCAGCAGCACAACCUGCCACCAAAUCAACGACAAAACCAACAACAACAACAACAACAACAAAUAAAACAAAGCCAAAGGAAACUGAAAAGAAAGGUUUCAGAGGCUUUUUAAAGAAGAUAUUCUCUUGA